AUGUCUGACGAAGAGCAAUCUGCCAUCGUCUGUGACAACGGCUCCGGCAUGGUGAAGGCCGGAUUCUCCGGCGAUGAUGCACCGCGCCACGUGUUCCCGUCCAUUGUUGGCCGGCCAAAAAACGAGCAGGCAAUGAUGGGAAGCGCAAGCAAAAAGCUGUUCGUUGGUGAUGAGGCUCAAGCAAAGCGUGGUGUACUCUCACUCAAGUAUCCCAUUGAGCACGGUAUUGUCACCAACUGGGAUGACAUGGAGAAGAUCUGGCACCACACCUUCUACAAUGAGCUGCGCGUCAAUCCCGAGUCGCAUAAUGUGCUACUGACAGAGGCCCCCAUGAACCCCAAACAAAACCGUGAAAAGAUGACGCAGAUCAUGUUCGAGACCUUCGGUGUCCCUGCCAUGUAUGUUGGCAUUCAGGCCGUGCUCUCGCUCUACUCGUCUGGGCGAACCACUGGCAUCGUGCUUGAUGCUGGUGAUGGUGUGACCCACACCGUCCCUAUUUACGAAGGUUACUCUCUUCCGCAUGCCAUUCGCCGCGUUGAUAUGGCUGGUCGGGACCUCACUGAGUAUCUAAUGAAGCUUUUGAUGGAAAAUGGAAUGACGUUCACCACUUCCGCUGAGAAGGAGAUUGUGCGGAGCGUGAAGGAACAACUGUGCUAUGUUGCUCUGGACUUUGAUGAGGAAAUGACAAAUAGUGCCAAGGCUGUUAACGAGGAGCCGUUUGAGCUGCCAGACGGCACAGUCAUGCAGGUGGGUAACCAGCGCUUCCGAUGCCCCGAGGCGGUCUUUAAGCCCAUGCUGAUUGGUCUCGAUGAAGCUCCUGGGUUCCAUGAGAUGACCUUCCAGUCCAUCAACAAGUGUGAUAUCGACGUGCGUCGUGACCUGUACGGGAACAUUGUACUUUCUGGCGGGACCACCAUGUUCAAGAACCUUCCUGAGCGUCUUGGAAAGGAGAUCAGCAACCUUGCGCCCUCUUCCAUCAAACCGAAGGUGGUUGCACCACCGGAGCGGAAGUACAGCGUAUGGAUUGGUGGCUCCAUCCUGUCAUCCCUCACGACAUUCCAGACCAUGUGGAUCAAGAAGAGUGAGUAUGACGAGGCCGGUCCGAGUAUUGUGCACAACAAAUGCUUUUAG